AUGGUAUCCAAUAAGAGCAACAUGAAUAGCGAAAACAGCAAAGGCCACCAGAUCCGUAGUGUGAAGGGGAGCGAGAACGCUAAAACAGCCGAAUCGAAAGAGAACUCAGCAGCAGUUGUCAACAGAUCAGACAAUGAGGAUGAAGAACCUUCAAGCGUUGAUGGCCAAGAAGCACCCUCUGAGGAGGAGAUCCCUGACGGCAGCAGCUCUGAGGAAAGUGAAGAAGAUGAGUCUGAGGAGGAGGAUGACGAUCUUCCACGCAAGAAGAAAGCUAAGCUCGGCAAGCACGAUGAUGGCUCAAGUGGUUUCUCCACAGCUGUUAAUGCUAUUUUAGGCUCACACUUAAAGGCUCAUGACCGUAAGGACCCAAUCAUGGCCAGGAAGAGAGGCGUUGUUAAGAAGCUUGAAAGUGACAAGCUUGAGCAGAAGGCGAAGAGGGCGCUUUUGGCAGAGAAAAAGAAGCUGCUGAAUAAAACUAGAAAGAAAGACAUUAUACCCACGGUGUCGGCAGAGUCAGAAUCUGGUGCCGAAAUCAGGGACGUACUCGAGAAAGAGAGGCGGCUGCGGAAAAUAGCCCAAAAGGGUGUUGUCAAACUUUUCAACGCGAUCUUAUCCACGCAAGUCAAAACGGAGAAGGAAGGCGCGGAGAAGUUAAGCGAAGUGAAGAACAGGGCGGAAAAGAAAGAACUUUUGGCAGAACUUUCUAAAGAGAAGUUUUUGGAUCUGGUUAAAGCCGCUGGUGAUUCCUAG